CGCGAGUGAACAGAAAACUGCCCAGAAUAGGCAAAAAAGUGAACAGAAAACUGCCCAGAAUAGGCAAAAAGUGAAGAUAAAACUGCCCAGAAUAGGCAAAAGUGAUUGCAAAUUGCCCAGAAUAGGCGAAAAAAUCGCGAAGAACGGCCCCGCUGUAGACGGGUAUAGCCAGAAAAAGUGCGCGAAAAGUGAUUUUCGGUAGCGUCCCCAAGCGGCAAACUAGCCAUUUUACGCGGUAGUGCAAACAAAACCGCAUAGUGUUCCCUCCAAGAAACCACCAUCGCAGAAUAUUUACAUCGUCACAACGAGUAGUGCGUGCGAGACACAGCCAGCUGACGAUAGCUUUUUAAGUUUCGCGGUGAAAUUUUUAUUUUGCAAAUUGACUGUUCGGGUGCAUUUUGGAUUCUUGGAGGUUGAAAAGUGCGUGAGUGAACGGGAAUACGGCGCUACCGAAGAAGAAAAUGGCCGACGAGAGGAAAUUCAGUGAGUUGGAGCUGACGAAGCAGAAUAUUGUCGAUUCAAUGGCUUUGUUGGAAUAUUAUGCGAAGGAGUACGACAAGGACAGUAAGUUUGCGGGCCAAGUAGAAGCGUGGGCGGAAAAGUUGGAGAAAUUCUACGACGAGUUUCACCGGACGGUGGUGAAAUUGGAGAUGUUUUCCACCGAUAAGGAGCCAAUCGACCUGAAAAAGGAACGGCAGUUGUUCGACGGUCGCUGUUAUGCUCUUCGGUCCUUCUACUUGGCCAAACUGGCGAAGAAAACAUGUUCUCCCCCUUCUGCCAACCCCGCACCGUCGAGACCAAUGAACAUCAGGCUUCCGGAGCUUAACCUACCCAAGUUUAGCGGUAAGUUGGAAGACUGGUGUGUUUUUCGCGAUUCAUUUGAAUCCGCAGUAGGUUCCCGGAGCGACAUCAGUGCGGUCGAGAAGAUGCACUAUCUGAAGGGCCUCGUUCAAGGAGAGGCAGCGCGCAUUCUCGACCCUAUCAAAAUAAGCGAGCAGGGCUACAAGGACGCUUGGCGAACGUUGCGGCUGCGUUUUGAGAACAACCGGCAGUUAAUCAAGUGUCACAUUCGGACGCUUUUCGACACUCCAGCGAUGCGCAAGGAAUCAGCUGAAGAUCUGCUUGCGCUGAUCGAUCGCUUCGAGCAGCAGAUCUCCGUUCUGAAGAGCUUGGGUGAACCAGCAGACCGAUGGAGCUCUAUCCUGGUUUACCAGCUAUCUAUACGCCUCGAUCCUUGUACGCUCCGGGAAUGGGAGAACCACUGUAGCAAACUCGAUGCUGACAACAUCGCUUCGGUUCUGGGAGGAACCGCCGGCACAUCAGAGGACACAAACACUGGUGCGUCAACUUCAAUGCCAUCAUACGUGACGAUGGUAAACUUCCUCCAGAACUACGCUCGAGUUUUGCAAGCAGUUUCUUCAGCCACUUCGAACACCGCUCCUCCUCGCAGCAAGCCAAAUCCGACAUCCAAGCUAGCAGCUUUUCCAGUCGCAGCUACACAGCAAACUGCAGUAUCCAGUGCACCCUCUUCCAGCGCCAGCAAGCCGAAGCCGUGCGACAAGUGCGGUGAGAGUCAUUACCUGUACAGCUGUCCGGAAUUUCGGAAACUCAACCUUCGCCAACGGAUCGACCUGGUAAGACAGAAAAACCUUUGCAUUAACUGUUUGAGAUCGAGUUCCCAUUAUGCCCGGAACUGUUCUGGGUCAAGAUGCCGUACAUGUACCAAGAAGCACCACACGCUUCUUCAUACUGAGCCCUCUGACGACAAUCCCGCUUCUGGUCAAGCCACCGGAUCAACUUGCUGUGUUGCCCUCCAGCCGACUCUCACCGCAGCAUCUGCGCUGCAUGCUCCAAACUCACUGUCACCCCAGUCUGUUUCGCAAGCUCCCAUCCAGCAACCGUCUACCUCUACCUCAAUCGCAAACUUAUCCCACAUUCAUGCGCCUUCCAUGAGUUCUCAGACAGCCCUCGUAUCACAUACUGGUGAAGUGAUUCUUGGAACCGUUUUCCUUCCGACUGCGCUAGUGAAUAUUCGUAACGGUAGAGGUCGCAUCGUCACUGCUCGUUGCUUGCUGGACUGUGCAUCCCAACGCAACUUUGUUUCUGGGGCUCUUUGCGAACGACUGCAGCUUCCUCGCAUCCGAUUGCCGCAUGCUAUCCCGAUAAGCGGAAUCGGAAACACUACAACGCUGGUUGAAUACCAGGCCACGAUAACCAUCUUCUCUCGAGUCACUCCCUUCUCCGUACAAUGCUCCAUGCUCGUUCUGCCUUCCAUUACCGUCAAGCUGCCCCAGUCGACGGUAGAAGCCCGCCACUGGCCGAUUCCAAAGCACGUGGAGCUUGCAGAUCCAACAUUCGCUGUUACUGGCGACAUCGACAUGAUUCUGGGUGCCGCCCAUUUCUUCCAAAUUCUUCGAUACGGCAGGAUAUCGCUCGGGGAAGAGUUACCGCUUCUGCAGAAUACAGAGUUCGGUUGGGUCGUCUCCGGAGAGUGUUUAUUGGAAAACCACGAUCACAGCGAUCCACGCAAGUGCCAGUUCAGUAAUCCCUGCACAAUCGAUGAAUUGGUCAACCGAUUCUGGCAGCUCGAAGAAGUCCACGAUGCAAAGGGAUGGUCUCCGUCGGAACGAUACUGUGAGGAACAUUUCGUGAAGAACACCACCCGCAACUCCGAAGGCCGCUACGUCGUCAAGCUGCCCAAGCGUGACUAGCUGCUUUGGCAGUUAAAGGACAACAAAUACAACGCCACCCGCCGCUUCUUCUCUCUAGAACGCUCACUCGGUGCGAGUCCCGAUAAGAAGGCGAUGUAUCAGCAGUUCAUCCACGAGUACGUGAGAUUGGGACAUAUGCGGGAGAUUGGCCCCGAUGAAAUCGACGCGCAACCGCAAUACUACCUUCCACACCACGCUGUGAUGAAACUCGACAGCACCACUACAAAGCUUCGUACCGUAUUCGACGCAUCAUGCCGCUCGAAGUCCGGUAUCUCGCUGAACGAUGUCCUGCUUCCUGGUCCCACAAUCCAGGACACUCUCGUGACGAUUGUCCUCCGUUUUCGAAUCCACCAGUUCGUGAUAUCUGCGGACAUUGAAAAAAUGUACCGGCAGAUUUUGGUCCAUCCCACCGACCAACCGCUGCAGCGAAUU